UUAAAUGACAAGUUGAAGUGACAUCUCCCAUUGCCCAUAUCAGCUGACAAUCAGGAAGGUUAUUUCUAGAUUGGCGCUUAUCAAAAGAAAAUGUUUAACAGAAAAGCAGUAAUGUCAACUUUGCGAAUGGGAAUAAAUCGACGAAUUGCAGCAAGCAUUGUAGGCCGGUCUAUUGAGUGCAAUGUGUCGCCCGCUUACAGAUCGAUUGGUGCACAGUGCAGACGUUAUGCAUCACAGGUUACUCCAAAAAGAAAUGGUACAAGCACUUUUAAAUUAGCACUUAUUGGAGCGGGCAUUGGAGCCGCUUCAGGUACAGCAUAUUCUGUAUAUGGAAAUUGGAAAGAUAAAAGUUCUCACAUGGAGCAUCAACGUAUUCCACCCAAAAUUCUAAAAGAACUACCAGAUGUUAAAAUAACUAAGCGAUUCAUUAAUCCCAAUGAUAAAUCAAAUUUAAACAUAAUACUUUUUCAAUAUCAAACGUGUCCCUUCUGUUGCAAAGUGCGAGCUUUUCUUGAUUUCAUGGGUAUAUCGUACUCUGUGGUCGAGGUUGAUGCAGUACUGCGACAAGACAUAAAAUGGUCCGAACAAAAGAAAGUGCCUAUGAUUUUGGUUGAGCAAGGCGAUGGACGUUACAUACAGAUGUCGGACUCAAGUGCAAUUAUCUCUCUCUUGGCAUCAUACUUAAAUGACAAGGAAACUGAUAUAGGCGAGUUAGCCAAGUUUUAUCCCAUGAUAUCAUAUUUCGAUGACGACGAUAAGAAACGCUUAGAUAUAAUGAACAAAUAUUUCCUUAUGUAUCAAGAUAAAACACCUAAACAUGCAACUCGAGAAAUUCAGGAGAACGAACGGAAAUGGCGUACGUGGGCGGAUUCACAUCUUGUGCAUCUUAUCUCACCCAACUGCUACCGCACUUUGAGUGAAGCACGUGAAACAUUUGAGUGGUUUUCGAAGGCAGGCGAAUGGGAUAUUUACUUCCCCAAAUGGGAACGUGAUCUAAUGGUGAAUGUGGGUGCAUUUGCUAUGUGGGGUAUAAGUAAAAUAAUAAAACGACGACAUGGGUUGUCAGAUGAUGUACGCUCGCAUAUAUAUGAUGCCCUUGAUAAGUGGACCGGAGAACUUGAAAAACAGAAAAAGAAAUUUAUGGGAGGUGACCGUCCAAAUUUAGCUGAUCUAUCAGUUUUUGGUGUACUUAAUAGCAUGGAAGGUUGUGAAACUUUUGGAGAUUGCUUGAAAAAUACUAACAUUGGUGUAUGGUACAACAACGUAAAGGAAAUGGUCGACCGGAAUCGUGGCAAUUUGGUUAGACGAACAGAUUUGCUUCCGCUUAAUGCUUAAUGACCUAAAGGAUAUUUUAAACGUUGUGUCAUAUAUUUAUUGAAAUAACCAAAGUGAUUAAGCAUUAAUUUAAAAGCUUUAAUAAAUUAUUAUAAUAAUGUUA